CUUGGAAAAAUCUGAGAUCCCUAAAAACAUUACGGUAUGACGACAGAUAUGGUGAUUACAAGUAAGCGACCCCGGGCUCCAAGCUUUGCCGAUAAGCAUCCUGAUUACGCGGAGGAGACUCGCGCUGCCACCACCAUUGGUGCCGAUUGGUUCCAGGAGAAAGGGAAGGAUGAAGGUAAGCUCAAAACGUUUCUUGAGCAAUGCGGUUUCUGCAAGAAGAAGCUACGUCACGACGAGGCCGUUUUCAUGUACGGCUACUUUGGGGCAUUCUGUUCAAAAGCGUGUAGAGCAAAACAGAUGGCAUGCGAUGUCUUUAUUGAAAAAUCACAAGACAUUGUAAAAGCAAAGAAGGGAAGAACAUGUACUUCGGGAAUCAAACCAAAAGAAGAUGAACCAUUAGGCAAUCGAGAGAUGAUCUCAUCACCACCGCGAUUUUAUAUAUGAUUGGUGAUGAUGUGAUUAAGGGUUAGUGUAUAUAUACUUGUGUAAAAAGCCAUUAGUUUGUCGCCAAGCGAAAUGGCUUUACCAUCCAUCAAGUUGACAUCGGCAAUUACUAUUUGUUUUGUCGAUCAACAGGAGGGGGUUUAGUAGUGUAUUUGCCAGUCUAUAAUUUUCCUUUUAUUUACUUUAGUAAUCAAUAAGUGUUUUUGUCUUUGUCAUUGUGUUGUAUUCAUGUGGGAUAUAUAAGUCAAAGACUCAUAUUCAGAGCCUGUAAACAAGACAGAAAAGAAUAAAAAGUUAGAAAGAGCCUCGCAAACAAAUGUUCAUCA